CAUGACACUGACGUCAUCAAACGUCCUCCGCUGAUGUUUAGCAAUAACAGACUGUGGAACCGGUAGACAGAUUUACAGGAACGGGCGGCGCUGAGACAGCGAUCUGCAGUUAUGGAUUACUGGAUACGAUUGUGAGGAACCCGUGUAACACGGGAGGAGACAAUGGCUUUUCUGGACAAUCCCUUAAUUAUCUUGGCCCAUAUCCGUCAAUCACACGUUACUAGCGAUGACACAGGGAUGUGUGAGAUGGUUCUUAUUGACAAUGAUGUGGACUUGGAGAAACUUUAUCCAUCUUCAGUGUCGGGAGAGAACAUCUCACAGACACAAGGGAAUGGAGAAACUCAAAGCUACAUAUACUCUCAGUCUGUGGAUAUUACGUCUAGCUGGGAUUUCGGUAUAAGAAGGAGAUCAAACACAGCUCAGAAACUGGAGCGUCUUCGGAAGGAGAGGCAGAAUCAGAUCAAGUGCAAGAACGUACAGUGGAAGGAUCGCAACACGAGCCACUCAGCUGAGGAAUUGAGUUCAUUGUUUGAAAAGAAAAACGUCCGGGAAAAAUCACCACAUAGCGGGAAGCCGUCCAUAUUGUCCGUGCGCUUGGAGCAGUGCCCAUUACAGCUGAACAAUCCCUUCAAUGAAUACUCCAAGUUUGAUGGCAAGGGCCACGUGGGUACCACUGCCACCAAGAAGAUAGAGGUGUACCUCUCAAUGCAAGCUAGCCAGGACAAGAUACUGCCCAUGACAGUGGUGACCAUUGCCAAUGCCAAGGUCCAUGACCUCAUCGGUCUCAUCUGCUGGCAGUACGCCACCGAAGGACGGGAGCCAAAGCUGAAUGACAACGUGGACUCGUUCUGCCUGCAUAUUGCCGAGGAUGACGGAGAGGUCGACACAGACUUCCCCCCUCUUGAUUCCAAUGAACCCAUUCACAAGUUUGGUUUCAGCACCCUGGCUCUUGUAGAGAAGUAUUCAUCCCCUAACCUGGCAGCUAAGCAGUCACUAUUUGUAAGGAUAAAUGCAGCUCAUGGAUUCUCCUUGAUCCAAGUUGACAGUACGAAUGUGCCGAUGAGGGAGAUCUUGGAGAAAGCUCUGAAAAGAAGAAAAGGCUCACAGAGGAACUCGGGCCCUCAGUAUCGACUAGAGAAGCAGAACCAGCCAAACGUGCCUGUGGAUCUUGAUAGUACACUGGAAAGUCAGAAUUCCCUGGAGUUCUGCCUGGUCAGAGAGAACAGUUCAAGAGGAGAAGAACCGCCAGAGGAAGAAACACAGAUUGACAUCGCCACUGUGCAGGAUAUGCUGAGCAGCCAUCACUACAAGUCCUUCAAGGUCAGCAUGAUUCACAGGCUGAGGUUCACCACAGAUGUCCAACUAGGGAUCUCCGGUGAGAAGGUCGAGAUUGACCCAGUGACAAAUCAGAAGACUAGCACAAAAUUUUGGAUUAAGCAGAAGCCAAUUUCUAUUGACUCAGACUUGCUGUGUGCAUGCGACCUCGCGGAAGAGAAAAGUCCAAGCCACGCGAUGUUCAAGCUGACCUACCUCAACAACCACGAUUACAAGCAUCUGUACUUUGAAUCGGACGCAGCCACUGUUAACGAGAUUGUCUUAAAGGUUAAUUACAUUCUGGAGUCCCGGGCCAGCACAGCUCGGGCAGAUUACUUUGCUCAGAAACAGAGGAAACUGACCAGGAGAACCAGCUUCAGCUUUCAGAAGGAGAAGAAACCAAGCUAGAUGGGAGGCCAAGAUACAAGAGAAGAAAAAGACUAGGACUGUUGAUUGGGCGUUGUUGAAGUGUUCAUUGUCUGCUAGAUGAAGGUGUGCACCAUUUGUGCAAUUAACUGACUGAAAAGUGCUGCAAAGUGGAACUUGGAGAAACUGGAUGGUCCACCAAAUCUCAGACAUAAUUGAAGGAGAAGUUUCUUUAGUGCAUCGGUGGUGUCGGCAGUGGUCAGAGGAGAGGGUUCGUGGAUGCUAAGAUGGCUGUAUAAAAAGAGCUGCUCUGUCUCAAAGGAGGGCAACGGCAUUACAAAUUGGUUCUGCAGUAGCUGCCCGGACCAUAAGAAACCAUCUACUUGAGGCAGGACUGCUUUCAUGCAUUCCACUAGCUUGUUUGACACUGAACUCUCAUCAUUGUCAAGAGUGCCUGCACUGGUACAGUGAGAGAACCCAUUGGAGGCAUGAAUGGCAAACAGCAGUGUUCAGUGAUGAAAGCAGGUUCUGCUUUAGUACCAACGAUGGCCGCAUCAGACUUCACUGGAGAGCACCUGCUGCCAUCAUGCAUAGUGUGGAGACACUCAGGUCUCAUGAUUUUGGGGCGCCGUUAGCUACUAUGGAUGUUGCCGUCUGGUAUUCGUGGAGGAACAUUAACCAGUCUUCAGUAAGUCCAAGACAUUGUGCAACCAGGUGGUGUUCCAACAAGACUACACAACAGGCACUUCAGGGUUUUUAACAGUUCCCCCUUGAUAGCUUGAUCUCCAGAUUUCUCCCCCAUUGACAAUGUCUGAGACUGGAUGGAGCCACAUACACAGCAGCCAGCAACCACCUUGGCUGAAACAGGUCCAAGUUGAAAGAGCUUGUACUACAGAAGGAUAUCCAGCAUCUGUAUGACCAUUACCAUGCCAGAGUGGCAGCCGGUAUAGCAGCAAGGUGAAAUGCCCCCCAGUAUUAUUGUGACCCUGCCUCAUCAUAUACCCUGCUGCAGAACCCA